AUGCGACAGCUAUACAAAGAGGUAAAAGGGACCACUGGUGCAGUCUCCAGGAAAACUGAAGAACCAGUGAGGUCUACUACAGAGGCCACAACUUCCACAGAAGGCAGUGAAACUACCCAUGGAGAAGUUCCAACAGAAACAAAAGGAAGAGCAGAUGAAGACAGCAGUGCAUCUUUUGAGGAAAGCACAUCUGAGGAAAGAGGUACCACUCAUGCAGCUGUCAGUGUGACUAAGAUAUCUGGAAGUUCCAGUGCAGGAAUCACUACAUCAGCUGGAGGAAACACAGGUUCAGAGAGUUCCAUUUCAGAUACUACUUCAAUAGCAACUGAAGUUACAACCAGUGCCCACACACCCCAGCCAGUGUGUUCAGGCCCACCUCCACCAGCCCCAGCAUGUCAUGGUCCACUGGGAGAAGAGAAAUCUCCUGGAGACGUCUGGACAUCUAAUUGCCACCAAUGUACCUGUACUGAAGCAAGAGCUGUGGACUGCAAACCUAAAGAGUGUCCUUCUCCACCCACCUGCAAAACUGGAGAGAAGCUUAUGACAUUCAAAUCAAAUGAUUCCUGCUGUGAAAUCAGCCACUGUGAACCAAGAACGUGUUUAUAUAACGAUACUGAUUAUGAGAUUGGUGCAUCCUUUGAUGACCCUAGCAACCCAUGUGUCUCCUACACCUGUAACAGCACUGGCUUGGUGGCCGUGGUUCAGGACUGCCCAAAGCAAACCUGGUGCACAGAAGGAGAGAGAACAUAUGAUUCAAAGAAAUGUUGCUAUACGUGUAAAAGUGACUGCAGAACUUCACCUGUGAAUGUGACCAUUAGAUAUAAUGGCUGUAGGAAGAAAGUUGAGAUGGCAAGAUGUGUAGGAGAAUGCAAAAGGACCCUCAAGUACAAUUAUGAGACCUUCCAAUUGGAGAAUUCAUGUAUUUGCUGCCGUGAAGAAAACUAUGAAUACAGGGACAUUGAGCUCGAUUGUUCUGAUGGCAGCACCAUCCCAUACAGAUACAGGCACACUACAACCUGCUCUUGUCUGGACCAGUGUGAACAGUCUACAGCCAGUUAA